CUGUGUUCCUGGCAGCACGUUGUACUUGCCAUUCCCUCCACAACUCAGGACUCAACCGAAUCAAUCACUUUGUUAGCUCGCCAACGGUCUCUCCCUCCCCCCCCCCAAUAAAGCCACAAUGUCAUCACCGCCACCAUCGCUCCCCUCCGACGCCGAGCGGCGGGCAGCCCGUGACGCAAAGCCCAUCCCACCACCAGUACCGGCAUACCUAGCGGCUGCCGGGGAGGACAACCCGUCGCCGCUCGCUGUGGACAGGAAGUUGUACGACACGAUCCAGGCGGCGCCGCGGGUGCUGGUGGAGGACUUCUUGAUCCCGAUCCGCUCGGGAAAGGCGUGGAAGGCGCCUGCAGGUGCAAUUGUGCGGAUCAGCACGCCUGAGGGAGCCCAGGUCGGCGACCUUAACCUCUGGUCCGCUCACAACCCGCGCGAACGCUUCUGGGCCUCGCGCACGCGGCAGCUGCACAGCACGCACGUCUCCGUGUACGACCGGCUGUGGUCCUGCCUGCCCUACAUGCGGCCCCUGGUCACCAUCAUCCGGGACACGCUCUCCUGGUACGGCACCGACUCGACGGGGGGGCGGGUCCACGACCUGCUUGGCACGGGGUGCGACCCUUACAUCAAGGCGGUGCUGUCCGAGGACGGGCGGGCCCGGUAUGACUACCACUGCAAGAGCAACCUCGCCCGCGCGGUCGCGGGCUCGGGCGAGUUCCCCGGCUGGACCGAGGCGGAUGUUCACGACGUCAUCAAUAUCUUCCAGGUCACGGGGCUCGACAGCAAGGGACGGUAUUUCAUGAACCCUUGUCCUGCUGUCAAGGGGGACUGCCUGGAGUUUUUGGCGGAGCAGGAUGUGCUGUUCGCGUUGAGCACUUGUCCUGGUGGCGACCUUUCUCAAUGGGGUCUGGGCUCAGACAGCGACGAGGUCAUGCUCAAGUGCUGCCGCCCUCUCCGGGUCGAGGUGUUUCGGCUCGAAGACGAGGCUCUGCUGCAACGUAGCGGCUGGAAACCUGCUGAGGUCUCCAGAUACAGAGGGCGGCAUGGCAUGACUGUCCCACUCGGUGAGAAUCAGGGCGAGCUGUGACGGGCCCAAUUUUACCUAGACAUCGAAGUUUACUCCUUAUUUCUGAUCACUACAAAGCUAUUCGGAAUGUCCCUUGUGCUGUUCGAAAGGAAUAUCAG